GGCGUCAUGUUCUCCGCCACCCCGGGAUGGGGUCCCUUUGUCCGUGCCUGCUCCCGCGGGGAGCUGCCAUCCGCGGGCGGGUCGCGGUGCCCACACGCCGCGACUCGCCGCUCCGGGCCAUAAACAAACACGGCUGGAACAACAAAAGGCCGCGGUCGCGGCGGCCGGACCCCGCCGCCGGGGCGCAGAGCGGCCGGGCACAUCCCCGGUGCCGCCGCCCCCCGCUCCGUUCCCACAGGGCUGUCCCCGCCCGCCCCCCGGCAGCUGCCAUGUGUCUGCUCGAGUGCGAUUAACACCGACUCGCCAAAUCCCCCCCACGCCCGCUUCCCCUCCCCGGGCCAUUUGGGGCAUGCACGCGCCCGCGCCCCGUGUUUACACGGCGGCGCCUUCGCGCGGAGCCUUUUUGCGGAUGGCGCUGGCAGAUGAACCGGGGGAGGUGGGGGUUCCGCGCCGCGCAGCGCCCGCCGCCGGCUAUAAAAGCCUCCGGGCCCGCGGGUGGCAGCGAUAAGCGAGCGGCCGCGGACCGGCGGAGGAUGGAGGGCGGCCGCCCCCGCCCGCUCUCGGCGGCGCUGCCCCCGCAGGGCUACUCGCCCCUCUCCUCCUCCCGGUGCGGCGGGCGGCCCGGUCCGGCGCUGACUGCCCUGCCCUCGCCCCGCAGCCCUGCGCCCUUCUGGAGACCGUGGGUGCCCGCGCCGGGUGAGGCGGCCCGGCGGAGCCCCGGCCCCGCCGCGCAUCACAGCCCCGGAGGGCUGGCGGAAGCCUCCCGAAAGCUGGCGCAGUACACGCACCCCGUCAGACUGUUUUGGCCCAAAUCAAGGUGCUAUGAUUACUUGUAUCAGGAAGCUGAAGCACUUCUGAAAAACUUCCCAGUUCAGGCUACAAUUUCCUUUUAUGAAGAUUCAGAUAGUGAAGAUGAUGAAGAUCAACCGGAACAAGAUUCAAGAACAGAAUCAGGUUGCUGACUGCAGGGAAGACUAAUGCUACUUCUAAGACUUAAUUUAAACUUAAUAUAAAUAUGUAUUAUAGUAUUUUUAAAAAUAAUUUAUUUCUAUGUAAGUUAUUCUUAAUAAAACUGAGAUGCCUUGUAAUUUUAUCCUUUUUCCUUUGUUCCUUUCCUGUCCUGGUUUAAGUGGGGAAGGUAUUGAUUAGUAUUUUUCCAUCUGAGGUCCUAUAGUUUGUAGAUCAUAAGUUGAACACCAAUUUUUGAAGCAGAGAACAGAUAGCUUACUUUGAAGGGCUCCACGGUUGUGACUUUCUCAAAGUCUGAGGACACAAGGAAAGCUUGUCAUUGUGAUUUAGUAGGCUCCAUAUGGAAGCCUAUCAAGGAAUCAUUGGAUUAAGUAUUCCAACUGUGUUGUGCCUGCUGUUACAACAGAGUUGCAAACACGGAGAAGAGAAACAAUAUAGCUGGUUUGGAACCGGAGAAAAAAAGUCUAAAUUCUAAUCUAGUUCUUGUUGUGUAGAAGAGUUUGCCUUACAUCGCUGGUGUUCUUAUGUAUAUGUGCUGUGUUGUGAUAGUUUCAUACUACAUUUGUUUGUAAAGUGGACAUCAAGAAAAAGGUCUGAGUUGUUAUAAUAGCGAGCUUGGUUUUAAUGAUUGAAAUACGGUUGGGCAUCCACCACCGUGAAGGCCAAAGCCCCUAAAAGAACAACAAAACAAAUCCGAAGCUUUAAAUUAAAGGCUGGUGCCUUUGUCGGGUAGCGCCUGUAUGCUUAUUUGGACCGGCCCUUGCCUUGUGUGCGCUGCUGCAGGCCGCGCUGGCUCCAGCACCGGGCAGGGAGAGCUCGCCCCGUGCUCCCAGAGCCCUGCAGCAGGAUCAAAGGUGAGCCCUCACCCAGAGCCUUCCUACACUUAACCUUCAGAGCGUAGGGCGCACCAGCUGUGUCUGCCACAGCCUUCCAGCCUAAGCACCUGGCGCUGGCACACCUGGACGGAAAACCAAUCCCAGCGCAGGGGCAGGUAAACCCCCUCGCCCCCGGGAGAGACAAGGCGGCGUGCGGGGUA